AUGAUUCGUAGAUUAUCGUUACUCAGAAACACAUUCCUUCGAAACAUGUCCACUGCCCCUGUAACUUCCAAUUCAAAGCCAUCCACCACAGAAGCUGCUGCUGUUGCUGCUGCUGCUUCUUCUGCCCCAGCCAAUUCUGGUGCACCAUCUGGUAAGGCUCAAUCAAAGAAGUCCAAGAAAUCAAAAGCUCAAGAAUUUUUAUUAAAAACACCCAAGGGUACCAAGGACUGGGCCGAUAAGGAUAUGGUAAUUCGUGAAGCCAUUUUCGGUUCUCUUUCAAGUCUAUUCAAGAAACACGGUGGUGUAACCAUUGACACUCCUGUAUUUGAAUUGAGAGAAAUCUUGACCGGAAAAUAUGGUGAAGACUCAAAAUUGAUUUACAAUUUAGAAGACCAAGGUGGUGAAUUGACUUCAUUAAGAUAUGACUUGACUGUUCCUUUUGCCAGAUUUGUUGCUUGCAACAAUAUCAGCUCUAUCAAGAGGUAUCACAUUGCCAAGGUUUAUAGAAGAGAUCAACCAGCCAUGACCAAAGGUAGAAUGAGAGAGUUCUACCAAUGUGAUUUUGACAUUGCUGGUCAAUAUGAUAUCAUGGUUCCUGAUUCAGAGAUUCUUAACUUGUUAUGUGAAGGUUUAGUGGGGUUAGGUAUUCAAGACUUUAAAGUUAAAUUAAAUCAUCGUAAGAUUUUGGAUGGUAUCUUCCAAGCUUGUGGUGUCAAGGACGAAGAUGUUAGAAAGAUUUCUUCUGCUGUCGAUAAAUUAGAUAAAUCUCCAUGGGAGGCCGUUAAAAAGGAAAUGGUUGUUGAAAAGGGUCAAACUGAAGAAGUUGCUGAUAAGAUUGGUGAGUUUGUUAAAUUAAACGGUACUAUUCGUGAAGUUGUCAACUUAUUGAAGCAAAGUGAAUUACUUGCUGCUAAUGCAUCUGCUCAAAAGGGUAUUGAAGAAAUGGAGAUUUUGGCUGAUUAUGUUGAGGCAUUUGAAAUCGACAACUUCCUCAGUUUUGAUUUGUCCUUGGCUAGAGGUUUAGAUUACUAUACUGGGUUAAUUUAUGAAGCUGUCACUGCUGCUUCUGCCCCUCCAGCAAACGCUAGUGAAUUAAAAGAAAAGGCUACUAAGGAUAAGAAGGAAGAUGUUGAAGAUGCUUCUGAAUACGUUGGGGUUGGAUCUAUUGCUGCUGGUGGUCGUUAUGAUAACUUAGUUGGUAUGUUCUCCAACGGUAAAUCUAUUCCUUGUGUUGGUAUUUCCUUUGGUGUCGAACGUCUCUUUUCCAUUAUCAAAGCUAGAGCUGCUAAGGAGUUGGAAAAAAUCAGUCCUAACCACACUGAAGUAUUUGUCAUGGCCUUUGGUGGUGGUGAAGGCUGGAAUGGGUUCUUGAAGGAAAGAAUGCAAGUCACCAACAAGUUAUGGAAAGCUGGUAUAAACGCUGAAUAUGUAUACAAGGCUAAACCAAACACUCGUAAGCAAUUUGAUGCUGCUGACAAGUCCGGUGCUAAGAUUGGUGUUAUUCUUGGUAAAGAGGAAUAUCCACAAGGACAAAUAAGAGUUAAAGUUUUAGGUCAAGGUGCCGAAAGCGAUGAUGGGGAAGUUGUCAAGGUUGAAGAUCUUACUGAAUUUGUAAAGAACAAACUUGCUGGUAUCCAUGAAGAUGGAAUUGAUGAUCUUACACGUAUUAUAAAAGCUCUCUGAAUACAAACGUCUUUAUAACAUAAAUAUAUACUUAAUUCUUGUCUAAAUUGUCAAUCUUGUGUCCAUGCAUCUCUUUACCUUCACGCUUCACUCUAUUCCAAAGGGUGUUGAUAUCGUUGGUUAUGAACCACCAAAUUACUCCACACCAUGAAGUAACUUGAGGUAAUGGGUCAUAAAAUUCGGCUGCAAUUCUUCUUAAUUCUGGUAAUUUUGUCCAAGCAAUGUAUGGGAAAUCAUGAUGUUCAUUAUGAUACCCUACAUUCCAAGUUAACAAAUUAAGACUACCAUAAUAGGAAUAAGUUUCAGCUGGUAGUUGAUACCCACUGGCAAUAUUUGCUCCUUCGGUCUUUUGCACUUUAGGUACAUUAUUAUCAUUCAAGACGUAAUGCUCAGCGAUAAAAUGACCAGCACAUGGAUGUAAAGAUCCAGCCAAGAAGGAACUCAUCAAGAAAUAGAUUACACUUUUCCAACCAAAAUAUUUUACCAUAAGGGUAUCCACUGCCAACUGUGCAAUCACGUUUAAUAAAUGAAUAUAAGUGAACUUGAUUUGAGUAAUAAACAUUGGUCUUAACGCAUAAAAGAAAAUUUGGCAUGUAGCAAAGAAUAUCUUCCCAAGAACAUUGGAAAGAACUAUCGCUUCAAAUUUAGUAGGUAAAUCAGUAUCCAAAUAUUUGUCACCUAAAAAUUUGUGAUGUAACUGAUGAUAAGGUUGGAACGAAGCGGAAUAAGGAAUACCAAUAGGAAUAUUGGCGAAAAUGGCAAAUAACUUGUUGUGCAAAGGCUUUUUGAAUAAUAAAUUAUGAGAUAAUUCAUGAAUAGCCAAGAACAAAGCUUGGUUGGAAGUAGCACCAAUGACAUAGGCCAAUAAGAAGAACUUCCAGCUUAAUAUAGAGGAGUCACGAAGGUAAUAGGCCACAGCUACUUGCAAACCAACUAUUGCAAUAACAUACCAUUUCGUCUUUGGUUCGUAUCCAUUUAAUUUACGGACUUCGGGAUAUUUUUCUAAAAUCAAUUUCCGACGGGCUAUGUGUGGUUCUGGAUCCUUAGUCCAGUAAAAUUCAUUCAACACUUCAAUAGGUGCAUCAGCUGGAGGUGGGUUGAUUGUGAAUGUAUGAGAAGAGUUCCUAUGUUUGAUCUGAGUCAUGGUUACUUUUGAGGAAGAAAGCACUA